AAUCAUCACGUUUUCUGUCUUUUCCUUUGAUGUAAUAAUCCUUGUUGGUUCAGGAGAACUUCUGAUUUUAUUUUAAAUAUUAUAAAUUUAAUAUGUCGAAUAUAAGUGAAGAUGGAGAUAUCUACUCUAGUCAAGGAAAUUCACCUUUUUCUGGAUUGACAGGUGCUUACAAACCAUUUUCAUCACCUUACCUGAACUACGAUCCAGGAUAUUUAAAUCAAGCUCAACCAGAAUUCAUAUUUCUGGAUGGAGCAAGUAAACAGAGAGGCCGAAUGGAAUUGGCCUUUGGACAAAUUGGGGGAUCAUGUAUGAUAGGAGCUGGUAUAGGUGGUGCCACAGGUUUUUACAAUGGACUUCGUGCUACAACAUUAGCAGGACAAACUGGAAAAUUGAGAAGAACUCAAUUAAUAAAUCACAUAAUGAAAAAGGGUAGUGCAACAGCGAAUACAUUUGGAUCAGUUGCUGUGAUAUAUUCAGCUUUUGGAGUAAUUCUCUCAUGGGUACGAGGGACUGAUGAUGAUCUUAAUACAAUAGCAGCAGCUACAGCAACAGGUCUUUUAUAUAAAUCCACAGCUGGUUUGAAGAAAUGCGGAAUUGGAGGAGGAAUAGGAUUAGGUGUAUCCUUAAUAUAUGCUUUCUGGAACAACAGAGAUAAACUCACAGCCAUAAGGACAUUCAAUCCAGCGUAAGAACUAUUCUCGCAUUUUGAUGGGAGGUUGUAACAUUUUCAAAGGUUUAUCUUUUUGAGACUUCAGAAUUAAUAGUUAUAGCACUUAGUCCGAAAACCUCACCUAGGAGUUCUCUCUACAGAUUAAUUAUUGGUAUAGUUUGUAUUAUGUAUAUAUCGAUUCUUUAACUCUAGAGAAAAUGUUAUUGAAAAUAAACUCUAAAUGAGGAGAACAUCUUCCAUGGAAACAGUUUUUCAUCUUAUCUGAGUAAUUUGAUAAAUAUUUCUCAUGGAUAUAAAAUAGAUUCUUCAUGUGUGAUUGAAACAGUUAAAUGUUUGGUUACUCACUGUAACGAUAGAUUUAUUUUGUGUUAAUUUAUAACAUUACUUUACAGUCUGAAAAGUGAUGCAAAAGUUGAAAAAAAAAGAUAUAAAUGAAAUAAACAAAAAUUGGACAGUACAGACUUUCAAAUAAUAAAAUAUUUUGAUUUAAUUGAAAUUGUCAGAAUAGAAAGCUCGUUUAUCAGACUGUGAAGAAAGUCAGAAAAAUCAAUUUUAGUUUCUUUAAUAUUGUUUGCUGUGAUAUUGUGCUAUAAGCUGUGAAGAUUUCAAUAAAUUAACCAACUAGGAA